GCGUGCAACUUAUAUAACACAUUACACUAAGAACUAUCUAAGCGAAAAAGUCAAAUUUAUUUCAGACAAGAAAAUCAUGAGGUGUAGUGUUUUGUUUGUGGUUUCUUAUGUUAUCAUGUCUUUGCUUAUAAGCCAUGUUCAAGGAAUGGAAGAUCAGAAGUGGAAGAAGGUGUGUAAUCUUGAGGGAAACUUCCCUGGACGAUGUGUCGGUAACGGAGACGAACAGUGCAAACGGGACCUUACGGAGGAUGGCAACAACCCUUCUAAAUGCCGUUGUAGAUUUCGUGCUGGUCGUCGACAUUGCCGUUGUAUUUACUGCGAAGUUUUUGGGAUGUGAGACAUAGUACGUGUAAAUUUAGUGUUAUUGUUUUUGGGUAAUCAGUUUAGUAUUGUUUCAAAUCAGAUUAAUUUAUAUUUUCGUGAAAUCAAUAAAAUUAUGUAUAUACUUGGAAAAACAAUUGUCUACACAUCCUACUAAUAUUACUAGGUUAUGAAA